CAGAAGGAGAAGGAAGAGGCGCUGGAGGAGAAGCUAAGGGACUUAACUUUCCGGAAGCAGGUCUCUUACAGGAAAGCCAUCUCCCGGACAGGCCUCCAGCACCUGGCCCCUGCACAUCCUCUUGGCCUUCCUGUGGCAAAUGGUCCAGCGAAGGAGCCCAGAGCGACCCUGGACUGGAGCGAGAAUGCUGUGAAUGGGGAGCACCUAUGGCUGGAGACCAACGUCUCGGGCGACCUCUGCUACCUGGGGGAGGAGAACUGCCAAGUCCGAUUUGCAAAAUCCGCUCUCAGGAGGAAAUGCGCGGUCUGCAAAAUCGUGGUCCACACUGCCUGCAUUGAGCAACUAGAGAAGAUUAAUUUCAGAUGUAAACCAACAUUUCGGGAAGGCGGCUCCAGAUCACCAAGAGAAAACUUUGUGCGUCAUCACUGGGUCCACAGGCGGCGGCAGGAGGGGAAAUGUAAGCAGUGUGGUAAGGGCUUCCAGCAAAAGUUCUCCUUCCACAGUAAAGAGAUCGUGGCCAUCAGCUGCUCUUGGUGCAAGCAGGCGUUUCACAAUAAGGUGACCUGCUUCAUGCUGCAUCACAUUGAGGAACCCUGCUCCCUGGGGGCUCAUGCUGCUGUAAUUGUCCCACCCACCUGGAUCAUUAAGGUGAAGAAACCUCAGAACUCCCUGAAAGCUUCCAGUCGGAAGAAGAAGAGAACAAGCUUUAAAAGGAAAGCCAGUAAAAGAGGAACCAACGAGGAAAACAGAGGUCGUCCAUUUGUAAUCAAGCCCAUAUCUUCUCCUCUCAUGAAGCCUUUGCUUGUGUUUGUGAACCCAAAGAGUGGGGGAAACCAGGGAACCAAAGUCCUACAGAUGUUCAUGUGGUACCUGAAUCCACGGCAAGUCUUUGAUCUUUCUCAGGAAGGGCCAAAAGAUGCGCUGGAGUUGUACAGGAAGGUUCCAAAUCUGCGAAUUCUGGCCUGUGGUGGGGAUGGAACGGUGGGCUGGAUCCUCUCCAUCCUGGAUGAGCUGCAGCUGAGCCCACAGCCUCCUGUGGGGGUGCUUCCACUGGGGACUGGGAAUGACCUGGCUAGGACGCUCAACUGGGGAGGGGGCUAUACUGAUGAGCCUGUUUCUAAGAUCCUGUGCCAGGUGGAAGACGGGACCAUUGUACAAUUGGACCGCUGGAACCUCCAUGUGGAGAGAAACCCAGACUUGCCACCCGAAGAACUUGAAGAUGGCGUGUGUAAGCUUCCUCUGAAUGUCUUCAACAAUUACUUCAGCCUCGGAUUUGAUGCUCACGUCACCCUGGAGUUCCAUGAAUCCCGAGAAGCAAAUCCAGAGAAAUUCAAUAGUCGUUUUCGAAAUAAAAUGUUCUAUGCAGGGGCAGCCUUUUCUGAUUUCCUACAGAGAAGUUCUAGAGAUCUAUCUAAACACGUCAAAGUUGUCUGUGAUGGGACAGAUCUCACCCCAAAGAUCCAGGACCUGAAGUUCCAGUGUAUAGUAUUUUUAAAUAUACCCAGAUAUUGUGCUGGCACAAUGCCUUGGGGAAACCCUGGAGAUCACCAUGACUUUGAACCCCAGCGUCAUGAUGACGGCUACAUUGAAGUCAUUGGAUUCACCAUGGCCUCGUUGGCUGCCCUGCAAGUUGGGGGCCAUGGAGAAAGGCUGCACCAGUGUCGGGAAGUGAUGCUUCUGACUUACAAGUCCAUCCCCAUGCAAGUAGAUGGGGAACCAUGUAGGUUGGCCCCCGCCAUGAUUCGGAUCUCCUUGAGGAAUCAGGCCAACAUGGUACAGAAGAGCAAGCGGAGAACCUCCAUGCCUUUGCUCAAUGACAUCCAUCAGGUGCAAGCUGCGGACCUGCGGCGAGUGUCUGCUCCCCCCGGCUCCUUUACCAUUCCCCAGUCUGUCCCAGAUCGUCUGAGGAUCCGAGUGAACAAAAUCAGUUUACAAGACUAUGAAGGACUCCACUAUGACAAAGAGAAACUCCGGGACGCGUCCAUCCCUCUGGGUAUUCUAGUUGUUCGUGGAGACUGUGAUUUGGAGACCUGCCGUAUGUACAUAGACCGCCUACAGGAGGAUUUGCAGUCAGUUUCUUCUGAGUCACAGAGAGUUCAUUGCCAGGACCAAGAAACCCCCUUCCCCAGGGCGCUGUCAGCUCAGAGGCUGUCCCCUCGCUGGUGCUUCCUGGAUGCAACUUCUGCUGACCGCUUUUAUCGAAUAGACAGAUCUCAGGAACAUUUACACUUUGUGAUGGAGAUUUCUCACGAUGAGAUUUUUAUUUUGGACCCAGAUAUGGUGGUGUCACAGCAGGCAGGGACACCUCCAGGAAUGCCUGACCUGGUGGUUGAACAGGCUUCGGGGCUGUCUGACUGGUGGAAUCCUGCUCUGAGGAAACGCAUGCUGAGUGACAGUGGGCUGGGAAUGAUCACACCCCACUAUGAGGACUCAGAUAUGAAAGAUCUCAGUCACUCCAGAGUUUUACAGUCACCUGUCUCUUCAGAAGAUCAUGCAAUUUUGCAGGCAGUAAUAACUGGUGACCUUAUGAAGCUCAUAGAAAGCUAUAAGAACGGAGGCAGCUUGUUAAUUCAGGGACCAGACCACUGUUCACUCCUUCACUACGCAGCUAAAACUGGCAAUGGGGAGAUUGUGAAGUACAUCCUUGACCAUGGACCUGCAGAAUUAUUGGAUAUGGCAGACAGUGAAACGGGCGACACCGCACUGCACAAGGCUGCCUGCCAACGGAACCGGGCUGUGUGCCAGCUUCUGGUGGACGCAGGAGCAUCUCUGAGACAGACAGACUCCAAGGGAAAGACACCCCAAGAACGAGCACAGCAGGCUGGGGACCCAGAUCUGGCUGCUUAUUUAGAAAGCCGACAGAACUAUAAGAUCAUUGGCCAUGAGGAUCUGGAAACUGCCGUUUGA